AUGGUGAAGCACAUGCUUCUACUUUGUCCUUGGAUGAAGGCAGUUUGGUUCGACUGUCCCUUUGGGUACUCUCCUGACUUGGCUUCUAUUUCUACCCUGGACUCUUGGUUAAUUGGUUUUCUGAGCAGUACCUUUGUUGAUGGGGAUCAAAGAGAUUGGGGAGUCUCCCUUUUCAUGUUUUGCUCCUGGGAAAUUUGGAAGGCUCGUUGUAAGGCGUUAUUCAAGGAUCUUAGGCCCUCUCCCCAACUGGUUCUCUCCCAAGCCAUCAGCUGUUUGGAGGAGUUUUCUCGGGCCAAGGAUUUGGCAACUUGUGCCCCUCUUAUUAAUAGUGGUGCUCCUACUCGAUUGUACUGGUCCUCUCCACCGCUCCCUUUUGUCAAAAUCAAUAUUGAUGGUGCUUGGGAGGCCCAAUGGGUGGUUAUCCGGGAUCAUACUGGCUCUCUCGUUGGUGCCACUGCGCAAUACUGUUAUCUCUCGUCUGCGGCGGAGUGA